UCCCUGUGACCGAAAAAGCAGGCAGGGAGACGGUGGGGUGGAGUACAGGAAGCCGCUCUCACUUAGAAACCUGAACAUGGGCGAAAUAUAAUAACUACAUGAAUCACUGCUUCUUUUAACGGAACCAGAGGCUGCGGAAAUUUGUGAUAUAUACAUAUUUUUUCCUGGAUUGAAUUGGAGAUUUAACCGAACAGCGAGAAGAUGUCUCGGGGAGUGAUCCAGCCCAGCCAGCAGAAACUGGCAGAAAAACUCACCAUCCUCAACGACAGAGGCAUCGGGAUGUUGACCCGUGUUUACAAUAUCAAAAAGGCAUGUGGCGAUCCCAAGGCUAAGCCCUCCUAUCUCGUUGACAAGAACUUGGAGUCUGCGGUUAAAUUCAUCGUCAGGAAGUUCCCUGCGGUGGAAACACGGAAUAAUAACCAACAGCUGGCUCAGCUGCAGAAGGAGAAGUCAGAGAUUCUGAAGAACCUGGCUCUCUACUAUUUUACCUUCGUCGAUGUCAUGGAAUUCAAGGACCAUGUGUGUGAGCUGCUGAACACUAUCGACGCCUGCCAGGUCUUCUUUGAUAUUACCGUGAACUUUGACCUGACCAGGAACUACCUGGACCUGGUGGUGACUUACACUACUCUGAUGAUAAUACUGUCUCGCAUAGAGGAGAGGAAGGCCAUCAUAGGACUGUACAACUAUGCCCACGAGAUGACACAUGGAGCCAGUGACCGGGAGUACCCCAGGUUGGGCCAGAUGAUUGUGGAUUAUGAAAACCCUUUGAAGAAGAUGAUGGAGGAGUUUGUUCCACAUGGAAAGUCUCUGUCAGAUGCGUUGGUGAGUCUUCAGAUGGUCUACCCCAGGAGGAAUCUGUCCGCUGACCAGUGGAGGAACGCCCAGCUGCUCUCUCUCAUCUCUGCCCCCUCCACCAUGCUCAAUCCUGCUCAGUCAGACACUAUGCCGUGUGAAUAUCUGUCACUGGACACAAUGGAGAAGUGGAUUGUUUUUGGUUUCAUCCUGUGUCAUGCGGUGCUGAACAGCGAUGCAGCGGCGUUGUCUUUGUGGAAGCUGGCUCUGCAAAGCUCCACCUGCCUCUGUCUGUUCAGGGAUGAAGUCUUUCACAUCCACAAGGCUGCUGAGGAUCUGUUUGUGAACAUCCGAGGGUACAACAAACGCAUCAACGACAUCAGAGAGUGCAAAGAGCAGGCCCUGUCUCAUGCAGGCUCCAUGCACAGGGAGAGACGCAAGUUCCUCAGAUCUGCUCUGAAGGAGUUGGCUACUGUUUUAGCCGAUCAGCCUGGACUGCUAGGUCCUAAGGCACUGUUUGUGUUCAUGGCGUUGUCAUUCGCCCGUGACGAGAUCAUCUGGCUGCUUCGACAUGCCGACAACAUCCAGAAGAAAAGCACAGAUGACUUUAUAGACAAACACAUAGCUGAGUUGAUCUUCUACAUGGAGGAGCUCAGGGCUCAUGUCAGGAAGUAUGGGCCUGUGAUGCAGCGAUAUUACGUCCAGUACCUGUCUGGUUUUGAUGCUGUGGUGCUGAAUGAACUGGUGCAGAACCUGUCUGUGUGUCCAGAGGAUGAGUCUAUAAUCAUGUCUUCAUUUGUCAACACUAUGACCUCACUCAGUGUCAAACAAGUGGAGGAUGGAGAGGUGUUUGACUUCAGAGGCAUGAGAUUGGACUGGUUCAGACUGCAGGCCUACACAAGUGUCUCUAAAGCCAGUCUUGGUAUAGCCGAUCACAAGGAGCUUGGUAAAAUGAUGAACACCAUCAUCUUCCACACAAAGAUGGUGGAUUCUCUGGUGGAGAUGCUGGUGGAGACGUCAGACCUGUCCAUUUUCUGCUUCUACAGCCGUGCGUUUGAAAAGAUGUUUCAGCAGUGCUUGGAGCUUCCCUCCCAGAGCCGACACUCCAUCUGCUUCCCUCUGCUCUGCACACACUUUAUGUCCUGCACACACGAGCUCUGUCCUGAGGAGCGUCACCACAUAGGGGAUCGAAGCCUGUCGCUGUGUAACAUGUUUCUGGAUGAGAUGGCCAAACAGGCCAGAAACCUGAUCACUGACAUCUGCACUGAACAGUGUACACUCAGCGACCAGCUGCUUCCCAAGCACUGUGCGAAAACCAUCAGCCAGGCCGUGAACAAGAAGAGCAAGAAGGCGACGGGGAAGAAAGGCGAGCCGGAGAGAGAGAAACCAGGCGUGGAGAGCAUGAGGAAGAACCGACUACUGGUCACCAAUCUGGACAAACUCCACACGGCGUUAUCUGAACUCUGCUUCUCCAUCAACUACGUUCCCAACUUGGUGGUGUGGGAGCACACUUUCACACCGAGAGAGUACCUGACCUCGCAUCUGGAGAUCCGCUUCACCAAGUCCAUAGUGGGGAUGACCAUGUACAACCAGGCUACUCAGGAGAUAGCCAAGCCCAGUGAGUUACUGACCAGUGUCCGGGCCUACAUGACUGUGCUGCAGUCCAUAGAGAACUACGUGACCAUUGACAUCACCCGGGUCUUCAACAACGUCCUCCUGCAGCAGACACAGCACCUGGACAGCCACGGGGAACCCACCAUCACCAGUCUGUACACAAACUGGUACCUGGAGACGUUGCUCCGUCAGGUCAGUAACGGACACAUCGCCUACUUUCCCGCCAUGAAGGCCUUCGUGAACCUGCCCACCGAGAACGAACUGACUUUCAACGCUGAGGAAUACUCCGACAUCUCGGAGAUGCGUUCUCUGUCGGAGCUGUUGGGGCCGUACGGUAUGAAGUUCCUCAGCGAGAGUCUAAUGUGGCACAUCUCUUCACAGGUCGCAGAGUUGAAGAAACUGGUGGUAGAGAACAUGGAGGUGUUGACCCAGAUGAGGACGAGCUUUGACAAACCGGACCACAUGGCUGCGCUCUUCAAGAAACUCACCUCUGUGGACAGUGUUUUGAAGAGAAUGACCAUCAUCGGAGUCAUUCUGUCCUUCCGCUCCCUUGCUCAGGAGGCUCUGAGAGAUGUGUUAUCCUGUCACAUUCCUUUCCUGGUCAGUUCGGUGGAAGAUUUUAAGGACCACAUUCCCCGAGAGACGGACAUGAAGGUGGCCAUGAAUGUCUACGAGCUCUCGUCAGCUGCAGGUUUACCCUGUGAGAUCGACCCGGCUCUGGUAGUGGCUUUGUCCUCACAAAAAAGUGAGAACAUCAGUCCAGAGGAGGAGUAUAAGAUCGCCUGCCUGCUGAUGGUGUUUGUGGCCGUUUCAUUGCCAACGCUGGCCAGCAACGUGAUGUCCCAGUACAGCCCCGCCAUCGAAGGCCACUGUAACAACAUCCACUGCCUGGCCAAAGCCAUCAAUCAGAUCGCCGCUGCUCUCUUCACCAUCCACAAGGGAAGCAUAGAGGACCGCCUGAAAGAGUUCCUGGCCCUGGCCUCAUCCAGCCUGUUGAAGAUCGGCCAGGAGACGGACAAGAUGACGACACGUAACAGAGAAUCUGUCUACCUGCUGCUGGACAUGAUCGUGCAGGAGUCGCCCUUCCUGACCAUGGACCUGCUGGAGUCCUGUUUCCCCUAUGUCCUGCUGCGAAACGCCUACCACGCCGUCUAUAAACAGAGCAUCAGUGCUAAUGCAUAGAAACACAGUAAACACCAUGCUGUCUGCCAUUAGAGCGUUAGCGCUCAUACAACCACAAAUACACACUAACAGCAUACACUAAAGACAAACACACUAAACUAUGCCUACAACGCCUCAACGUACUAUCCUGACAACAAAAACACUAUUUGUGUCGACAUGUACACAAAAAUGUCGGCACAUGUAACACACUAAACGUGUAGCAUAUAAACAAGACCACUCUAAACUGUACACUACAAACUCUACAAAAGAACAUACACACAUUUCACUGCACAGAGAUGACAACAGACAAACACUGAAAUUAGACAAAUAUGAGCAGAAACAAACACACAGACACACACUAGCUGGGUGAAGUUGGGGGAUCAGUGUCUUUAUUUUAAUCAUUGUACUUUUUUCAUGAUGUUGCCAGGGACCAUAACCAUAGCAACACAUAAUAUACCAUAUGUUUGGUUGGUAUAAAAGAACAAAAAAUAUAAAUAUAUAGUAUAUAUAUAGUUGACACUAAAAUAUUCUCUUUUUUUGUUUGAUUUAAUUUUUGUUUUGUUUUUUUUUUCGAUGAAAGAUUUGAGAUUUUUAGUGGCCAGCUGACGACUUCUACGUGGUGAUGGAUUUGGAUGCUUACUUUGGGAAUGAAAACGUUUCUGAUGUGAUGUGGGUUUUUUUUUUUUUUUUUUUUUUUUUUGAGGGUGAGGAUUCCUGUGCUGAUAAUGAAAGACAUGUUGCUUGUUAAUGUCAGUUUACACUUAUACACACACACACACACACCCAAACACACACACGAACAGACCAACAUUCUAAGCAGAUAUAAAACUACAAACUGUAAUCUUUCAGCAUUACACGGUGAACAUACACACACACACACAGACACACACUUGUAUAACAUGGUGAUGUUUUCUUUCUUUUUUUCUAGCUAGUCGUAACAAACUUUUUGUGGGUAAAGAUAUAAUAUCUGUAUUCUACUUUGAUGUGAACUGAACUCGUCUGUUUUUAAUGUUCAUGUUUUGUUAUUUUUAUGAUGACGACAAUGAUGAUGACGAUUUGCCAAAUGUGUUGACACUAAAAAUUGUGUAUCAGGG